AUGUUGGUGACUUAUAUACUCACCUUGGCAGCAACUGCCAUAGCUGUUGCUGCACAAGAUCCUACUUGUGGAUCCCAGCAUCAAAAUGCUCACUGUCCGGGCACUCUUUGCUGCUCAUUUGUUGGAUAUUGUAACAACUCACCUGUGCACUGCGGAGCUGGAUGUCAAGUGCUUUUUGGGCGAUGUGACGGAGCUUCAUCACCGGCUCCAUUGGCUCCCCCAACUCCGUCUGUAGAUGUUAAAUGUGGUGUUGGUCGUGGUGGAAAGUGUCCCAACUCGCUUUGCUGCUCUCAAUAUGGAUGGUGCGGAAAUACUGAUGCUCAUUGUGGAGUUGGAUGCCAAAACCCUUUUGGUACUUGCAAUGGAGCUCCACCAACUCCACCUACCCCACCAACUCCGUCUGUAGAUGUUAAAUGUGGUGUUGGUCGUGGUGGAAAAUGUCCCAACUCGCUUUGCUGCUCUCAAUAUGGAUGGUGCGGAAAUACUGAUGCUCACUGUGGAAUUGGAUGCCAAAAUCCAUUCGGUACUUGCAAUGGAGCUCCACCAACUCCACCUACCCCACCAACUCCGUCUGUAGAUGUUAAAUGUGGUGUUGGUCGUGGUGGAAAGUGUCCCAACUCGCUUUGCUGCUCUCAAUAUGGAUGGUGCGGAAAUACUGAUGCUCAUUGUGGAGUUGGAUGCCAAAACCCUUUUGGUACUUGCAAUGGAGCUCCACCUACUCCACCAACCCCACCUGCUCCCGUGCCAAUUCCUGGUAUUAACUCUCGGUGUGGCUCUCAGUUCCAAGGUCUUGGUUGUCCAGAUGGAUUGUGCUGCUCGGCUGCAGGAUAUUGUGGGAUCACCACUGCCCAUUGUGAAGCUGGUUGUCAAGCCGACUCUGGUAUUUGCUCCCCAGCUCCCCGAUCUGGAUUCACUCUUCCACCAAAAUAUAAACCAGAAACCUUCCCGGCUCUUGCUCCCAGUACUGCUGCAUGUACCAAACCUACAAUUCGCAAGGAAGUGCGCUCACUAACGGCCAAACAACAGGCCAACUACAUCAAUGGUAUCAAAUGUCUUCACAAAGCACCUUCGCGAUUUCCUAGUAAUCUUGGUACCGUAUCGCUUUACGAUGAUCUAGUCUAUGUUCACACCUUAUCGGGUGAUCUGGCACAUCUUUCUGCUCAGCUACUUCCUUGGCAUCGUGUUUUUACUCUCAACUUUGAACAUUUACUGCGUACUGCCUGUGGCUACACUGAUCCUCUUCCUUAUUGGGACUGGAGCAUUGAUUCCCAGGCACCCGAAAAAUCAAUGGUGUGGUCCAACACUUUUAUUGGUGGUGAUGGCGCUGCCAACACUGAUUGUAUUGCUACAGGACCUUUUGCCAAUUUCCAAGUCAAUGUACCAUCACGACAUUGCAUCAAGCGCCGAUUUGAACUAAAAUCUGAUAAUGGUAGCAUGAUGGGUGCUCUGUAUUCCCCUGCUGAGCUUGCCACCAUUUUCUCUACCGCUAUCGACUAUGAUUCAUUCCGUAUGACUAUUGAGGAUAAUCCACACAACAGUAUUCACGGAGGUGUUGGCGGUGAUAUGGAUGAUCCUAUUACUAGUGCCAAUGAUCCAGUGUUCUUUUUGCAUCAUGCCAACAUCGAUCGUCUGUGGUGGAUCUGGCAAAACAGCAAACCGGCACAUAUGCACUCGUAUGGUGGUAACCGAAACCCAGACAGCUCCUUCAAAUUUGCUUCCCCAAGUGACCAUGUCUUUAUGUGGGGUAUGGGCGAGAAUUUCCGUGUUGAUCAAGUGCUCGAUAUUGCUGGUGGUGGCCGGUUUUGCUAUGGAUAUGACAGUAUAUCUGUUCCCACUGCUACAAGGCCAUCCCACUUUUCUGCUGCUUCGCUAAUGGCUGCUAAUGCUCCUGGUUCCGUAUUGGUGAAUGCUACAAUUGUACCUGUGGUCAACAACUCGUUCCCUGUGGCAGUAAAGCCUUUGAAUGGCAGUCUGCCAUCUCCUGGUGCAUUUGAUCGUACAGACAAGUUCCACCUACGUCAUCAUAAACCACUCAAUGAGACAUGGCUUCGCAUGAUGAAGUAUAGCGACAGUGCUAUUGCUCGUGUACGUGCCAACGAAGCCAAGGUCAAUAAAAUUGUCGAUCUUCUAAAUGCAGAAACUGACAUGGGCAACUUCUUGUCUGGAUCUGCGCUUACCAUCAAAGAGAACUCCCAAGUCAAGUUUGUGGCUUCCAAGCCAAACGAUGUCACUGAAUCUGCUUUUAUUACCAAGCAGUUUGCUAGCAAGCUGAUGAAAGCUGUUGGACCAUUUGUUCAAUAGUGACCUUUUAUGCUCAUCUUACUGUGUACUACACUAUACAUUUUUACAAUUGAUAAAUGAACAUGUUUU